AUGUUGUCGGAGCUUGAGGACCUGGUUUACAGGGAAACAUUGAAUAGCCUUCGCUCUCACCCUCUCGUCCGUCCCGUCAACCUGCCCCGUCUCAUCCUCCCCCCCCCCCGCGCGUCCCCCACCCGUCGGCCGCACGCCCGAGCAACGCGCGCCCCCGCCUCGGCGCCGCGCCGGAGCGGCCGCCCGAAGCGGUGCCGAUGUGGGCGAGGGAGAGCGGGCGCCGGAGCCGCGGCGGCCGAGCAGCAGCGGCAGCGGCGGGCGGAGGGAGCUCAGUGCGUCGGCUCGGAGCCAGCAGUGAUGGGGAAGAGGCCGGAGCUGAGGAGCGGGGGAGGCUGCAGCGAGCCACCGCCAUCGCCCAGUCACAGACCCAACGCCUGCUGCUUCUGCUGGUGCUGUUGCUGUAGCUGCUCCUGCCUCUCCGCGCGGAAAGGUGAGAGGGAGGAGAUGAUGGGGCGACCCACGGAGGAGACCAGGAUGGAGACCACGGUGGAGACCAUCGAAUCCGCAGAGGAAAGCAGUGGAACCCUGCCUUCGCUGGAGGAGAUCACUUCAUGGACACAGGGCUUCGACAAGGUGAUGGGAUCGGAGGCAGGGCGCAACAUCUUCCGCCAGUUUCUGCGGACAGAGUACAGCGAGGAGAACAUGCUCUUCUGGUUGGCCUGUGAAGAGUUCAAAAAGGAAAAAAACUCCAAGGUGGUUGAGGAGAAGGCGCGGGUCAUAUACGAGAACUUCAUCUCCAUUCUCUCCCCGAAAGAGGUAAGCCUUGACUCUCGAGUGCGAGAGAUCGUCAACAGGAACCUGUUGAACCCAAGCCCUCUCAUGUUCGAGGACGCUCAGCUCCAGAUCUACAGCCUGAUGCACAGAGACUCCUUCCCCAGGUUCCUCAACUCCGAUCUGUACAAAUCCCUCACGAUCAAGCCAAAGGCCUCACUUGACGAUGCCACUCCUACUGACCAGAGCUAAUGGCAGUGCCCCCCCCCCACCCCACCCCGAGAGCAAGAAAUGACGGGGCACAAAUAUAGGUUUACACAUGGGAACUGCCCUCCACACCUCAUAAACCUACAUCACUGCCCAGACGUAUUUCAUCACACACAUCACUACCUACACCACUGUCACACAUAUCUCCACGCACCCCUACAACCACCACCCAUCCAGUCACCACCUACUCCAUCACACACACUCACACCCCUACCCAAUCCCUUAUGUCUGCACAGUUACAAGCAUACUAACAUGUACACAUCAUCACGUGCAUAGAAGUGAGCACACACACACGUUACAAUACAGAAUCAUCGCUGUCUAUAUAUUCACCAGUGUUUUCACAGGCUUUCAUUUAAAUGUACCCUCAAGCUCCCUUUCUCACCACACACUCUGUCUUGUAAGUUUUACAACACAAACAUGCAUAUUCUUGCACAGAACCACAAAUGCACAUACUGUCAUACACACACACACACACACACACGCAUGAUUGAAUGAAGAGAAGCAGUGAAUUGCCCAGGCACUGGGUUCCUAGAGACCCCCAGUUUAGCUUUACUCAGGGUGUAGAGAUACAUUGAAUAUGGAGCUACUUUUAAAAACAAAAUGCAUAUAUAUAUAUUUAUUGGUUGUAAUAAUUCUUUUGCUCACUGCCUCAACCAGCUAUACAAAAAAAAGGUUAAGAAUUUUUUUUUACUAAGUCUGUUUUAUUCAAAUAAGGGUUACUAAUCCCUGUAGAAACAGAUUAGCGUUCUGGUCAUUGCUGGCCGGGAAUCACUGAUAUCACAGGCCAUUGCUGGGGGUCGCACUUAUCCCAGUGACCCACCCAAGCUCCUGUUAGCAACCCAUUUCCUUGGGGAGGGCAGACAUCACACAGUGUGUGUGUGUGUUGCCGGUGUGAUCUCCCCCUUAGCAAAGUUCUUGCCUGGUUUUGUGUUACCAGGAGCAGGUUUGCCCUCUGUAUUCCUGCCCCUGCUCUCACGAGCCCCCCAAAAUGGAUUUCUUUGGAGAGAUGCAUCUCGAAAUGUACUGAUUUCAAGGAAAUACAGGUCUCUUUCUCCUGUCAGUCAUCUGCAGGAUUUUAAUGGACUUCUACUAAGCACAAAAAUAGGUUUAAAAUGUAUAAUUUUCUUUCUUUCUCAAGGGGGAACCAAGUUGUCAUUGUCAAUAAGUCAGAUAUAGGGCCAUUCUAUCUCUUCAGAAAAGCUGUGCAAAAAAUAUAUAUAUAUAGUAAUUAAAAACCUAGAAAUCUCCAUUGCUUUUCUUUUGAUGAGCUGGCUUCCCACUUCUCAAAGGGGAGCAGAUAACUUUUUUUUAAAGCAGAUUGAAUAUUGAUAACGAUGUACCAGUUAUUGAUAGGCACCAGGCCAGUACAGAGUGCUGAACUACAGCAGAGUCUCCCAACAAAAGCAGGAUUAAUUCCAAAAACAGUGAAUGGGGGAUGGUGCCAGUGGAUCAAGAGCUUGUGGUUAAAUUAUUUAGCGAUUGGGGUGGGGAAUAACCCAGGCGUGAUUGACGGGGGAAUUACCUUUCAUCUCGAAUCUUGAAGACUGAAAGACAGGAUCAUGGAGUCUGCUCUGCUGUUGAAGGAUCAACACAAUGUAACCCUUUGUUUUAGGUGGGUUAAUGUGUCCACUUGCAGGCAGGUCCGAGUGUGUCAAAGAGUGCGUUAAAUCACACCCAUCGACAGCGGAGAUUUCUAGGCUAAAUAUUUUGCUUGUUUGUUGUUUAAAAUAUGUAUGUAAUUUUCACUUUUUUAUUAAAAGCAUAUGAGUAUAUUUAUACAACUAUAUACAUGUAUUUCAACAAAGUGGGGUCUGGGCAGUGCCCUGACUGGAGCGGUGGGGAUCGGAUGGCUGGGGAGGGAAUUGCAUGGUAUGUGAGUAAUCUCAGAGUGGGAAUCCCUCCCUGUUUUGUCCUGCGCACAUGGACUGGGCAAGCGGGGGAAUGGGAAUGGAAGCCAUGGGAACCAGAAUCAGGUUUAUCAUCACUGACGUGUGUUGGGAAAUAUGUUUUUUUUUGGCAGCAGUGCAUUGCAAUACAUAAUAAAAAAAACUGUCAAUCACAAUAAGAAAUAUAUAUAACUAAUUAAACCAGUAGUGCAAAAAAAGAGCAAAAAAAUGUGAAGUAGUGCACGUGGAUUAAUAAUCCAUUCAGAAAUCCGAUGGCAGAGGGGUGGCUGCUAUUCCUGAAGCUUUGAGUGUGUGGCUUCAGGCUCCUGUACCUCCUCCUUGAUGGUAGCAAUGAGAAGAGGGAAUGUGGUGGGUGACAGGGGUCCUUAGUGAUGGAUGCAGGGUCAUAAUAUUGAAGUGGUGAGAAGAAAGUAUAGGGUGAAUGUCAGAGACAAGUUUUUUACACAGAGUGGUGGGUGUGUAGAAUGCAGUGCCAGGUGUGGUGGUAGAGGCAGAUACAUUAGGACCUCUUAGAUAGGUGCAUCGGUUGUUUGUCCAUCUUUGUGCAGUUCUUCAUUGGACCUAUUGUAUUUCUUUAUACCCGCUGUCAAUGCCUGCAAGAAGGUGAAUCUCAGGGAAGUAUAUGGUGACAUAUACACACUUUGAUAUUAAAUUUACUUUGAACUUUUGGAUGAAAGAAAAAUGGAGGGUUUAUGUAGAAGGGAAAUGUUAGCAUGAUCUUAGAAUAGGUUCAAAGGUCACCACAACAUUGUUGGCCAGAGGACUGCUACGGUGUGUUCAAUGUCGUAAGAAACUCAUCGAGUUGGUGAAUCCAGGUUUGCCAACUUUGCAGUUACCCCUCCCUCCCAAACUCGCAAGCCCACCAGGGUCCUUUACCCCUUCCUCUUUGCAUGUUCAAGAUUCAAAUUUAUUGAUUUCAAUACUUUCGAGAUUGUUUAACGUCAUUUCCUGUAGACAAGCGUAAAGGAGAAUGAAAUAAUUGUUACUCCAGAUCCGAUGCAGCACAAAAAUACAUGAAAGAUGAACACAAUAAUAAUAAAAAGCAACACAUAUAAAUACAUAAGAUAGCUUAUAAACAUAGAUUGAUUGUAUGUCCACAAAGUGAUUUUAGGUAUAGGAGUGUCUGUGUAUCAGGUGACUGACAGGAAAUAAUAAAGCAGUGGUUGUUGGGGUGUGGAGGGUGGAUUAGUGGGUGGAGGUGUUGAUCAGCCUCACUGCUUGGGGAAAGUAACUGUUUUUGAGUCUGGUGGUGCUGGCGUGGCCUCCUCCCUGAUGGGAGUGGGACAAACAGUCAGUGAGCAGGGUGGGUUUCUGUCCCUUCUCCAGCAGCUUUCUGUAUGGCAGGUAGGCUGGUGCCAGUGAUGCAUUGGGCAGUUUUGACAGACCUUCUUAGAACCUUCCCCUCUGCCACAGAGCAGUUUCUGUACCGUGCAGUGAUGCAGUUUGUUAGGAUGCUCUCUACUGCAUUUCUGUAGAAUGACGCUCAGAAAGCAGAGGCGUGUACAUUGAAAAUCCUAAUAAAAUGUGUAGUUUGUAAUAACGACCAACAUACCCAAUGAUGUGCUGGAGGCAGCCGACAAGUGUCACCCCACGUUCCAGAGUCAGCAUAGCGGAAUAACACAGAACCACAGUGAAACAAAACACAUCUAGUGACAAAACAACAACAGCAAAACAAGCCCAUUCCCCCUAACUACUCCCACAUACACAGUCCUCCCAUUCCAGGACAGUCCGUCUGUGACAGAUCUUCAGAGGUGCUGACACCCAGGAACUUGAAGCUGCUCAUCCCUUCCACUACUGAGCACUUGUUGUCUGCUGGGCGGCUGGGUCUGUCACACUGAGGAGAGAUCUCAGGCAGGCUGAGCUUGCGAUGUCUUAAGUCUAGAACAGGGGUCCACGGACCCCUGGGUUACGAUGGGGGUCCACGCCGUAGCAUAUAAAAGAUUGGGACCCCCUCCUCUGCAACCUCUUGCAAUCCUGCAGAUUGGAGCCUACAUACCUGGCAGUGAUGGAACUGGUCAGAAUGAUCUACACUGCACAUCUGACCGGUGCAGUGACUUGCCUACCAGCCUGACCCUGUAAACCGGGAUAGCUGGGUGGGAAGGCUAGGGUCCAGUUAGUAGGUGGAAAACAAGUACAAAAAGCAGUACAGCGCCCAUCAGGCGCCAGUACUUUAAUACGGCCAACAGCCGUGGCUUCCGACCACCAGUGAGCACAUCUACAUGGAGCAUUGUCGUAGGAAAGCAGCAUCCAUCUUCAGGGAGCCCCUCUAUACAGGACAUGCUCCCUUCUCACAGGAGUCUCAGGACACACACCACCAGUUUCAUUACCCUUCAACCAUCAGGCUCUUGAACCAGAGGACAUAGCUUCACCCAGCUUCACUUGCUCAACCAUUGAAAUGUUCCCACAACCUACAGACUCUUCAUCUCAUGUUCUUGAUUUUUAUUUUGUUGUUAUUUCCCUCUUGUUUCUUUUUGAAUUUGUACCGUUUAUUGUCUUUUGCACAUUGGUUGUUUGUCUGUCGUUUUGGGUGCGGUCUUUCAUUGAUUCCAUUGUGUUUCCUGUAUUUACUGUGAUUGCCCACAAGGAAAUGAAUCUCAGGGGAGUACAUGGUGACAUAUAUGUACUUUGACAAUAAAUUACUUAGAACAUUGAACCCACCCUAGAGCAGUGAUUGGUUGUUUGAGGAGAGACCUGACUGGCUGGGUUUCUGAGCCCAAUCUCUCUGAACAAUGGGUCGCCCUUGGAGGACCUCAGCCAGUCAGGCAGCAUCUGUGAAGAGACCUGAUAGACCAGGGGUUCUGAGCCUUUUUUAUGCCAUUUUCCUUCUGUCAGCCCAGUGAAGCCUAUGCACCCUUUCUCAGAAAAUUGUAUUUAAAUAUAUAAAAUAAAAUACACAGGAUUACAAAAUCAACCAAUAAUAUUGAAAUACAGUUAACAAAAUAUUAAUAAAGCAAGUUUAUGAUACAGUAAUAAGCGUACUACUUUUUAACGCAUUUUAUUUUUACUGAUCAUUUAGGACAGCAAUGAAGGUCCUUCUCUGUUUGACCAUACCAUCGCACACAGCUAAAGAAGGAUUCUUCACUGCUGUUUCAAUAACAAUUUUUUUGAACAGUCGGGGUUGUUAGUCCUGAACUGAACCCCCGAACCUGGAGGACCGGUGGACCACUCUUGGUCUGGUCUCUACCCUUUGCCAAAACAUGAAGUCCUGACUCCAGACAAUAUCGCUCUCCAGGUCAUUGAGGCACACGAAGCCUCCAAACCCUAUGACAAGGUUGAGGUUCGCUUGGAGGAAUAUAUUAAAUAACUACCUUAAUUUUGAAGUGGCGAUGAGCAUUGCCGUAAACAAUACUUUGAGAUAUUUGUAACAACUGUAAUCUGGUAUGAAAAUAUCUGUGAUUUCCAUUGGUGACAAAGUCACAGAUACUGCCAAUAUUCAUAAUUGAGGAAAAUGAUACAUUUUAGUUAGAGGUUAGUGAAAUAAUGAAAAUAAAGAUGUAUUUUUUCCCCUUCCAAGUUCACACUGGAAUCUAUCUAUGGAGCUGCAGUUAAGAACCCCUGUGAUAGACGUUUGAAAGGCAUUGGCCGGGUAGAAAACGGAACCUAAAACAGUACAGCACAGUAUAUAGUGUUGACCUACAUAAACUUAUUCCAAGAUCAAUCUACACACCUCAUAACCCUCCAUUUUUCUUUCAUCCAUAUCCUUAAGAAUCUUUAUCUUUUUAAAAUAACACAAAUCAUGAACUUUUCAGCACAGAACAGGCCCUCCGGCCCACAAUGUGGUGCUGACCUUUUAAGCUACUCCAAGGACAAUCCAACCCUUUUCUCCCACACCGCCCUCCAUUUUUCUAUCAUCCAUGUGCCUAUUUAAGUAAAUAUCCUCAUUAUAUCUGCUUCUGCCACCACCCCAGCCAUGUUUUCCAUGCACACACUGGUCUCUGUGUGAAUAGCUUACCUCCGAUGCCUCCCCUAAACUUCCCUCCACUCUCCUUAAACAACGUCUUCUGGUGUUGGCCAUUGCCGCCCUGGGAAAAAGGUGCUGGCUGACCACUCGAUCUACACCUUUCAUAAUCUUAGAAACCACUAACAAGUUGUCCCUCAUCAUGUCAAUAUGUUUUUAUCAGGGUAGAAAUGUCAAAGGUCAGAGGCCUGAGGCCUACUUUGGUCAGGGUUGACCAUGGAUGUUGUAUUCCAGCUGUUUAUAAAAGCCAGGGCAGUGUGAUAUGGAGAGCAAGCUGUUGCCAAUGUAGAAUGCUACCCCCUCUCCACGCAUCUCCACCCGAAGGAACAGCAGAUUCCGAUACAGUUUUGCACCAACUGCGUUGCAAGAGUUGCCAGUCAGCAUUCAACUUGAUGUAGGGCUGCCUUAGGGACUCCAGCUCUGGAUUUCUCCCUUGGGGUUUACUCCCAAACCCUUCCCCAUCCCUCCACAAGGCCGCGGAGGUUUGAGAUCAGAGUUUUCCUUCUCCUUAGAUGAGCUGUCGACUGCGGCUGAUGAGCCCCAUCUGCCAGAAGCAACGGGUUUUAAGGCGCCAGUGACCUGCUUUUGCCUCUUCCCAUCAGCAGAAAUGGUUUGCCCGGCAUAGUAGCUAAGUCACAAGUGAAGCCCAUGAGCUGGUCUUGGUUGUCAGUGGCUAUUUGAGGCACAUGCCAUUCGAAACCAACUACUAAAGUUGAGAGGGAGAAAGUUUAAGGGAUACAAUAUGUAGGGGGAUUUCUUUUUAACUUAGAGAUUGGUGGAUGCCUGGAACAUGCUGCCAGGUGUGAUGGUGGUGGGAGCAAGUAUCUCUCUCAAACCCGUUCUCUUGCUUUCUGCCCAAUAACCUUUGAUGCUCGAACUAAUCAAGAACCUAUCAAGUGCUGCUUUAUAUAUACCCAAUAACUUGGCCUCCACAGACACCUAGGGUAAUGAAUUUCACAGAUUCACCACCUUCUGGCUAAAGAAAUCCCUCCUCAUCUCUGUUCUGAUGGAGCUCUCUGGUCCUAGACUCCCCCACUAUAGGAAACAUCCUCUCCACAUCCAUUCUGUUGAGAUAUUUCAACAUUUGAUAGGUUUCAAUGAGACCUCCCCUCUUUCUUCUAAAUUCCGGCGAUAGAGGCCCAGUGCCAAACAAACGCUACUCAUACAUAAACUCUUUAAUCCCCAGAAUCUUUUUCGUGAACCUCUUCUGGACCCCGUCCAAGGCCAUUGUAUAUCUCUUUAGAUAAGGAGCCCAAAACUACUCUCAAUACUCCAAUUAAAUCAGCCAUGACUUACUUAGAAAUCUGUGGAGCAGACUCACUGGGCUGAAUUGCCGAACUCGGCUCCUUUGUCUUAUGUUCAGAGGGCCAAAAUUGAUUAAUAAAUGUGUUAUUGGAAUUGGUUUAUCAUUGUUACAUGUACCAAGAUACAGUGAAAAUCUGUUCAUACAGAUCGGAACAUUACACCGUGCUUUGAGGUUGUACAAGCUGAAACAGUAACAAUGCAGAAUAAAGUGUUACAACUGCAGUGCAGGUAGACAAUAGGAUGCAAGGCCACAGUGAGGUAGAUUGUGAAGCCAAGAGUCCAUCUUACCGUACAAGAGGUCCAUUAGUCUGUCUUAUCGUAUAGUAGACUUAUAACAAAAGAGCAGAAGUUCUCCUUGAGCCUGGUGUAUGUGCUUGUGGGCUUUUGCAUCGCUUGCAUGAUGGGGAAGGGGGAGAGAGAAGAGCAAUUGUCCAUGGUGUGUGGGGUCUGGGAUUUUGCCGGGUGCUUUACUGUGGUAGCGAGAAGUGUAGACAGGGUCCAGGGAGGGGAGGUUGGUUUCGGUCACGUGAUGAAGUGUCCACAGCUCCCUGCGGUUUGUUGCCGUCAUGGGAAGUGGGGAUGUUCCCUCUCAAAUUCUUUUGGCUUCUUUUCUGUGUAGGUGAGAUUGGGUUCAGUUCCUUGAGCCGGUCUUCUUGCUCAGUCCACCCCCGCUCUAAGAUAUAGUCUGCUGCUCCAGCUCCCCCCAGUUUGCUUAGAAAUUCAAUCGGAAUGAUAAUCACACACUUGAAUGGUAACCCACUACAAUACCAUUUGUAUUUAAUUGAACUUGUGAAUGUGAGACUGUCAGUGAAAGCAUUUAUAAUCAGCUUUGUAUGUUACUGAAUUUAACAAUAUCCACUCAGUGGCCCCGUUAUAAGGUACAGGAGUGGAAGCCAGUGUGAUCUUCUGCUGCUGACGCCCGUCCACUUCAGGGUUUGAUGUGUUGUGUGUUCAGAGAUGCUCUUCUGCACACCACUGCUGUAACCUGUGGUUAUUGGAGUUACUGUCACUUGCAGAGGUUGGCCAUUCUCCUCUGACCUCUCUCAUUAACAAGGGGUUUUCACCCACAGAACUGCCAGUCACUGGAUUUUUUUUUUGUUUGUUUGUUUGGUUUUCGACCAUUCUCUGUAAACUCUGGAAAUCAGCAGGAGAUCAGCAGUUUCUGAGCUACUCAAACCAUCCCAUCUGGCACCAACAAUCAUUCCAUGGUCAAAGUCACUUGGAUCACAUUUCUUCCCCAUUCUGAUGUUUGGUCUGAACAAAACUGAACCUCUUGACCAUGUCUGUGUGCUUUUAUGCAUUGAGCUGCUGCCACAUGAUUGGCUGAUUAGUAUUUCCAUUAAUGAGCAGGUGUACCUAAUAAAGUGGCCACUGAGUGUACUUGAACUUGUGAAUGUAUGGCUGCAAGAGAAUCAGCUUUCUGUGUCACAGAACUUACUUUAACAAUGUAAUGUGUUACCUUUCCUGUAUUUUCUGAGACCAAGGGAACUCAGAAACACAAACUUUAAAAGGGCUAUUUCUCGUUUCCCUAUGGGAUGAUCUACAGUUUGAGUCAAGUUAAUGAAGCUGUUAAAUAUUAUUUACUAUUAAAGUAACUUACGAAGUUUACACAUGGAGGAUUUACAUAUCAGUCUUCUCUGUUAAUAUUCAGAAUCAGAAUCAGGUUUAAUAUCUCCGGUAUAUGUCAUGAAAUUUGUUGUUUUUGUGGCAGCAGUACAUUGCAAUACAUAAUUUUAAAAAGAAACCAUAAAUUACAGCAAGAAAUAUUGUUAAAAACAAACAAAUUAACUAAGUAAUGUAAAAAGAGAGCAACAAACAAUAGUGUGGGAGUGGACAUGGGUUCAUUGUCCAGACAGAAAUCUGAUGGCAGAGGUGAAGAAGCUGUAAAUAUCGCACUCCCUCUAGUGAAUUUCAUUGAUAAUCUCUUUCAUGCACUGGAUAUUUACACAGGCAUAUGGUGAGAGUGUUUCACUCAAUAGUUCUGCAAUAUAAAUAUUAGUUUUUUAGAAGGGUCAUAGCAGAAUCAGAUUUAAUAUCACUGGCAUGUGUUGUGAAAUUUGUUUUACAGAAGUAGUGCGUUGCACUAUACAAGAAAACCUAUAAAUUACAAUAAGAAAUAUAUCUUUAAAAAUUAAAUUAUAUACUUAGUGCAAAAAGCAAGCAAAAAAUAUAUUGAGGUCGUGUACAGAGGUUCAUUGUCCAUUCAGAAAGGGGAUGGUGGAGGGGAAGAAGCUGUUCCUGAAUUGUUGAGUGUGUGUCUUCAGGCUUCUGUACCUCCUCCCUGAUGCUAGGAGUGUGAAGGGGGCAUGUCUUGGAUGAUGGGGGUCUUCAGUGAUGGAUACCGCCUUUUUGAGGCAUCGCCUUUUGAAGGUGUGCUUGAUGCUGGGGAGUCCAGUGCCCCUGGUGAGGCUGGCUGAGUUCACAACUUUCUGCAGCUUUUUCCCAAUCCUGUGCAGUGGCCCCUCCAAACCAGAUGGUGGUGUGGCCACUUACAACGCUUUCCAAGUGCACUGACUUAAAGAAGAAAAGGGCAUUAAAUCCAUUAUCAUGCCUGUUGAAUUGGGGUGGCCGAGUGGCAUAGUGGUUAUCAUAACACAUUACAGCGCUAGUGAUCAAGGUUCGAUUCCUGCCACUUUCUGUGAGGAGUUUCUACGUUCUCUCAGUGACCAUGUGGGUUUCCUCUGGGUGUUCCAGCUUCCUCCCACUUUCUAUAAGAGGUACAGGUUAGGAUUAGUGGGUCGUGGGCAUGAUAUGUUGGUACCAGAAGCAUGACAACACUUGCAGGCUGCCCCCGGCACAUUCUGGGACUGUGUUGGUUGUUUGAAGACAAGCAAUGCAUUUCACUGUCGAGGGGUCGGAGCAAAAUGCAGGCAAUUGAGACUACUGUAUCUUGAAUGGGACAUCUAGGUUGGUAUAGACCAGAUGGGCCAAAAGGCCUGUUUCUCUGCCAAAUGGAUCUAUAUGACUGCUUUAGUUAAAUAUGUUAAAGAUUACCUUUACUUGUCAUAUGUGCAUCAAAACAUACAGUGAAAUACACCCAUUUGCAUCAACAACCUGCUCAGUCCAAGGAUGUGCCCGCACGUGUCACCCUGCUUCAUCAACAUAGCGUGCCCACAACUUACUAACCCUAACUGGUCUUUGGACUGGCAGCUCUUAGCUCUCGGAACUUGCCCCCAUGUCAUCUCUUUGGAGAGGUGAGGAAAUUCCGGAGACCGUGACGGUCUUGUUGACACAUCCACACUCAGAACAAACUGUCCUGGCCAUUGCAUAGGAAGAUUAAAGAUUGUCUUUAUUUGCACAUCAAAACCCAGAGUGAAAUGUAUUGUUGGUAACAAGGACCAACACAGUCUCAGGAUGAGCUAGGCUGGGGAUAGCCCGUACAUGUCACCAUGUUUCCAGUGUCAAUAUAGCAUGCCCACAAAUUACUGACCUGAACCCGUACAUCUAUAGUUAGUAUUGAACAGUGUAAACUUCCAAUGUUAUCUAAUUAUUGUAAGUGUAGGCAUGGGAUGUUGGUAAUACUCACUAUGAAAAUGAUUCUAUUAGCCCACAGCUUGCUAACCCGUAAGUCUUUGGCUUGUGAAAGGAAACGCACACAGUCGUCAGGAGGACGUAGAAACUCUGUACAGACAGCAACAGGAACUUAACCAUGAUUGCUAGCGCUGUAAUAGUGUUGCGUUAAUUGUGCCACCCACAGCCACCCUUCAGCUGGCGCUACACGCUUUUAGGCUUUUGUAUCUUCUGCUUGAAGGGAGUGGGGGAGAAGAGAGAAUGUUCUGGCUGGGUGGGGUCUUUAAUUAUGCUGGCUGCUUUACUGAGACAGUGAGAAGUGCAGAGAGAGUCCAUGAGAGGAGGUUGGUUCCUGCACCCCUUCCCACACCGGAUAGGCAGGAGACAUCUGGUAUGCAAAUGCUGGCAUAUAAUUCAGCUGGGAUUAUCUGUGACGAAACUCCAAAGGGUAGAGAGGUGCCGGGGCAAUUUCUAGGUGAGCCGGGGCAUGGUCUGAUCAAACAUCACCUUUGCACGUCAAGAAUGGGAAUUAGUCUGGAGAAAGGAAAUUUUCCAACGUGGUCCGUUAACGUGGAACUGGAGAUGGGUCACUGACCAUGAUCAGGGGGAUGAUUUUUCACUCCCCAAUUCAAAGACAGCUUGGACAUCUGGCAAAAAUAUCUAGUGUGAGUGAAUUAUCUCUUGCAAAGAGACGGCACUGGUCUGACGGGCUGAGUGGCCUCAUCGGUCUGCAGUCUGCCUCACUUGGGCAUAGGAUAGAUGACAUAUAGUGAGAGGAAUCUCUUUCCAAUGUCGUUUGGAAUCUGACAUGAACAAAUCUCUGAUGGGGAAGCAAAGACUGUAAGGCAUUGGAGCACAGUUAGGCCAUUCAGCCCAUCUAGUCUGCGUCCACCAUUCAAUCAUGGUUGAUAAUUAUCAUCCCUCUCAACCCCAUUCUCCCUCUCCCCGUAACCUUUGAUGCCCUGACAAAUCAAGAGCUAUCAACCUCCACUUUAAAUAUACCCAAUGACUGGGCCUCCGCAGUUGUCUGUGGCAAUGAACCAGAAUCAGGUUUAAUAUCGCUGGCAUAAGUUGUAAAAUUUGUUGUUAUGCAGCAGCAGUGCAGUGCAAUAUAUAAUAAUAAAAACUGUAAAUUACAGUAAGUAAAUAUAUAUAUAGUGAAGUUAAAUACAUAGUGCAAAAAAAAAGGUGAGGUACUCUUCAUUGGUUCAAUGUCCAUUCAGAAUUCCACAGAUUCGCCACCCUUGGGCUAAAGAAAUUCCUCCUCGUCUCUGUUAUAAAGGGACAUCCCUCUAUUCUGAGACCUGAGGCCCAGAUUCCCCCACGAGAGGAAACAUCCUCUCCAUGUCCACUCUUUCGAGGCCUUUCAGUGUUCGAUAGGUUUCAAUGAGAGAUCCCCCUCCUCUCAUUCUUCUACACUCCAACGAGUACAGGUUUAAUAUCAUUGACGCGUCAUGAAAUACGUUGUUUUGUGGCAAAAGUACAUUGCAAUACAUAAUUUUUAAAACUGCAAAUUAUGUAAUAGUCUAUUCUGAGGCUGUGCCCUCUGGUCCUCGUUUGUAAAUAAGACAAUUCCCAUUUUUUUUAUAUAAGUGCCAAGCUUGAAAUUUACAUUCACGAGAAACUGAAGAUAUAUUUAGAACUGUUUGAAUAACAUCUUUGUUGUCUGUCAGAUUUGUUUUAUUGCAAGGAAAAAUAGAAAUGCUGAUUUAUAAAACUGGAAAGUAACACUGGGGAUUUUUUCUUGUUUCCCGAUGUUUCAGGUAGAAGUUGCCUACGAUUGUAUCUUGCCUGU